CUUACCAGAGUCUUGUAGUCUAUCAUCGCUUUUUCAUCGAAACAUUGCUGUACCCCAAGAAUCGCGCAGAAGGAGGAGUAUCUGCACCUUACCUGGGAAAAGGCCAGUACCGAGUCAAGUCAAAGAAGCAGAGAGGAAGGAUGAGUCAGCCGGCGACGAUAGCUCUAUGCACUUUGACGGGCAUGAUUGUCCUUGUCGCCAUUUUGCAGUCGUUGAGACUAUAUCGGAGAGACCGAGCUUCAAAUCAGGAUUUCGAAAAAGCAGAAGCCACCCCUGACAGCGGCGACAAAUUCGACGCUGACGACAAUUGGGUCUUUAGAUCUGUGACAGCCAGAUCGUGUGGAAACGUUACGCUCGAAGAGAGAUCUGCAGCGCAAGUCGCAGAGCAAGCGGAAAAUAACAACGCACACGGUGUUCAAUUACCUUCAACAACAUCGACCACGUCAUCGGUGGAAGUGAAUCUUUCAGAUACACCGACUUCGAUUAAGGGCGAAGUCCCUAGGGAAUCAGACGUCGAAGCCCAAAGCUGGGACAACAUGCCACGCCUUCCGAGCCCAGGUCAAAUCUAUCAGGCUCACGAGGUUCGCUUUCUGCAUGCCAGCCUUGUUCCGGUGCCACUCCGACCGCAACCACAGCGACAAGAGACUCCUGGACCCUGUGAAGAGCGCGAUGGAAAGGAGAUGAUUGACGUUGAUAUCUAUCGCAGUUCGGAAGGGGACUACUGCUUGCACCCUCAUCCACUUCGAUCGCAUCCGGUGUCGAUGAGUCUGCCACUUCAGAAGCAGGAAACUCAAGAAAACGUGGUGAAGGGCCAGGCCCACUUCAGGAGCAUUCAACAAUCUUGCCGAAGGGCUUCAUCGGAUGUGAAUGCCGUCGGAGGGUUUGAAGAGAAGCUUCUAUAUUCGAGCGACUCGGCGAGAUGGGGUUGGAACAUUUAUGACGAUAAAGUCUUCGAGAGCAGUAGAAAUGCUAAGAUUGUUAGCGCUCGUGUCGACAGUGGGGUGCUGCCACAGUCCAGCGUGCAUGGCCUGAAAGGAAUGCCUGGGAUGGUUUAGCAUGCUUUGACGCAAGAUGGUCGGGAAGAGCGUGCCUUUGUGUUUGUGAGACUUCUGCCAUAGGCAUUGGCGCCGGUGCGAGAGAAAGCAUCAAGGCCUUCCCUUACAGUUGGAUUUAUCGCUGAGAUCGAUCGAUAGGAAAUGCUUGUUCGACCAGGGCGAAGCAUUCGUGUUAUGUUCCGUGUGAGAGGCGGAUCCGAAAUCAAUGAGAUCAGCACUCAUCAUCGUCGAGACGGUGUUGUUUAAGUAUCUUCAAAUCGACUUAUUUAACGU